AUGGCGGUCCUGCUGGAGACGUCGGUCGGGGACCUCGUGAUCGACCUGUUCGUGGACGAGUGUCCAAAGGCCGCGAAGAACUUCCUGAAGCUCUGCAAGAUCAAGUACUACAACAACACGAUCUUCCACAAUGUACAGAAGGACUUCUUGGUCCAGGCGGGGGACCCGACCGGCACGGGCAAGGGCGGCGAGUCUGUGUUCGGCGUUCUGUACGGCGAGCAGGCGCGGUACUUCGAGGACGAGAUCCACGACAGUUUGCGCCACAGCAAGCGCGGCCUCGUCGGCAUGGCGAGCGCUGGGCAGGACAAGAAUGGCUCCCAGUUUUACAUCACGACGGGGGCGCCCUGCACGUCCCUGGACGGCCGGAGGACUCUCUUCGGGGAGGUCUCCGAGGGCCUCGACGUCCUGGCCAAGAUCAACGAGGCGUACUGCGACGGCAACGGCAAGCCGUUUCAAAACAUUCGCGUGCGACACACCAUCGUGCUGGACGACCCCUUCGACGACCCAAAGGGCCUCGAAAGCCACGUUCCCGACAGCUCCCCGGCGCCCAUCGUCGACCCGGGCGACCGGCUGGAGGAGGACUGGGCGCCGGACCGCGAGGAGCGCGACCCGGAGGAGCAGGAGGAGGCAACGCGCAAAGCGGAGGCGGCGGGGCGCGCGGUGGUGCUGGAGAUGAUCGGGGACUUGCCGGACGCGGACGUGAAGCCGCCGUCGAACGUGCUCUUCGUGUGCAAGCUCAACCCGGUCACGAACGACGAAGACCUGGAAAUCAUAUUUGCGCGGUUUGGCAAAGUGACCGACUGCCAGGUCAUCCGGGACGCGAAGACGGGCGACUCGCUGAGCUACGCGUUCAUCGGCUUCGAGGACGACGCGGCGGCGGAGGAGGCGUACUUCAAGAUGAACAACUGCCUGAUUGAUGACCGGCGCAUCAAAGUCGACUUCAGUCAGUCUGUGGCGAAGCUGUGGCGCCAGUUCAAGCGGCACGGCGCGCGCGGUACGCGGGACAUGCAGGCCGAGGCGGCGGCGCACCAGGACGGGCCGGGGCAGGGCCGUCCCGCGCGCGGGGGGGGUCCGGGUAUGAUUGGGGGUCUCGAGCUGCGUCAGGGGGCGUUCGCGGGGAUGGCCGGGCCGCGGCUCGGCGCGGCGUAUCGGGGCGGUGGGGAGCGGGAGCGGGAGCGGGAGCGGGAGCGUGGGCGGAGCCCGGAAGGGGGCCGCGAACGGGACGGUGCGCGGGGGGAGGAGCGUGGGCGGCGCGGGGAGCGAGAGCGCGGGCGCGACGACGGUCGGCGGCGCAGCAGGGACCGCGAACACCGCGACAGGGACAGGGAUCGAGGCCGUCGGGACCGCGACCGUGAGAGGGACAGGGGGAGCGACCGCGAUCGGCGGAGGUCGCGGGAGCGGGACCGUCACCGGCGGUAG